AUGGAGUUCACGAAUUCCAGUGAAGAUAGAGGAACUAUAUUUGACUUUGAAAGCGCCAUCGUUAAUAUGACUGACGGCAUUUAUCCCCUUGAUUUCAAUACUACUCUCAAUAACCGCAAUCGCCAAAAAGGUUAUUCAUUGCCAAGUGACGCCCCAUUAAUUAUAUGCCUAUAUUCAUCGAUAUUUAUUCUUUCUGUCGUCGGUAAUGCACUUGUCAUCCUCACCUUGGCUCAGAACAAACGCAUGAGGACAGUCACAAAUGUAUUCUUGCUAAAUCUGGCGAUCAGCGACUUGUUGCUGGGAGUGUUUUGCAUGCCAUUCACUCUCAUUGGAAGCUUGCUAAGAAAUUUCAUCUUUGGAGAAGUUGUGUGUCGACUGAUCAACUAUUUCCAAGCCAGUCACCCCGUUACUUCAAAACUAAGUCGUAUAAACAGGGAUUAUUAUGACUGGUUGUUAUGUUCAUUAACUAUACAACUUAUGGAUAAGAAAUAUCUACAACUUCUGGUAAACGUUCUUAUGAAAGAAUACAUUGAUCGAAGACUACAAAGCGAGCUAAAAGUAAAAGUGUUGAGAAGAGAGGCAAGAUUAAGUUUUAAAAAUGUGGAUGAUGUAUCACCAGGGAAAAGAAGAUGCAAACCUGCCAAAAUGACAAGCACAUUAGAAUAA